AUGGCUGCUGCGGCCCUGGAUAACGCCAACCCGACGAUUCUAAGCGCUUCUCAGCUCCCAACUCGGCAGAAACGGUCGGCUCCGCGCAAUGGGCCCGACUGUAGAUACUCGGACCUGAUUUUUGCGAAGCCGUCGUACAUGUCUCGGCCCUUCUUGCAAGACGACGACAUCCGGUAUCAGGAUGACACAGCGGCGGCAGUGGCCUGGUCCCGCUUCGGUGCCGGCUCAGGAGCUUCUGCUGAGGACGAUUUAUCGGCCGAGCCCAUCGACGAGCAAGAGAUCUACGACCUUAUUUCGAGCAUAACGGAUCCGGAACACCCCGUAUCAUUGGGUCAACUGUCCGUCGUCAACCUCCCUGACAUUCACAUUACUCCCUCUCCGGCCCUCGGAGUGCCAAGUCCGAACACAAUUGUCCAAGUCACGGUUGAGCUUACUCCCACCGUCACCCACUGCUCUCUCGCUACUGUGCUUGGGCUUGGCGUAAGGGUCCGGCUGGAGCAAGUGUUGCCUCCGAAUUACCGCGUGGAAGUCAUCUGCAAGGAAAACAGCCACAGCCAAGAUGACCAAGUGAACAAACAGCUUAGCGACAAGGAGCGUGUCGCGGCGGCUCUGGAAAAUGACUCUCUGAGGAGCGUCCUAGACAAGAUGCUAGAGUCUUGCUUGGAGAAUUGA